AUGUUCGCUCGAAAACAAAAAAGUUCCGAUAUGUUGCAAUCGAUCCAACGAUUUUCUGAUGUUCAUCGGGAUCCGAUUAGCCGAGUCAAACAUUUAAAACUUCUGCUUGACAGUUUAAAUGUUCACGAAAAACGUCAGCUUAUCGAUGAUUAUUCUUUUGAAACUUUUCACCUAGUCGAUGAAUUGUUACUUCAGACCGAGAUUUCUGGAAACCCACAGGCGGCUAUUGAAGCUGAAAGUGGUCUCUGGACCCUUGAGCAAUUGCUUUGCUUGGCGCCCGAACUUGUUGGAAAUGGAUGGCAACUACAUGCUAUUGAAUCACUCCUGAAAAAGGCGAUUUAUCCGCAUAAUUUAUUGGCUGUUCGAAAAAUUGCGAUCCGCCUUUUCUUGAUUUGGUACCAAGAGCUUGCUGUUUUUGGAAAAACCACCCCAGACUUGGAUCGAGUCUUUCAGUGUCUUUUACCGUACUUUCCACUUCGAAAUGGCGGUAGCACCGAGUUGAUUCUACAAGAAUACUGUCAAUCAGCGGGAACAGUCCAAUGGACGUCACAAUCAAGUCAAACUUCAACUUCAUCUGGAGGAAAGCUUACAGCUAAGGAAAGAGCUCAAAUGUUACAAGUUUACUUGGACAAGUUUUUGGAGUACUGUACAAGAGAGACAACUCGAAUUGAAUGGAAUGAUGAAAGCCAUCGACUCGAGUGCGCCAAGUUCAUCCUAGACAAAGUGAUCUCUCUUUAUAUUCAUGAAACGUUUCCCGAUUUGGAGACGAAUGGUGUUGAUGUUUUCGGUGGAUGGGAAGGAGCCGGUGACUCUGCAGAGACAUUGGAUACAGCUGAUCCUGUGAUCAUUGCCAGAUAUUGGCUCAUCAGAUGGAUCAACAAUGUCGCUGGGGUGACGAUCAGCUCGAACAAUGGCACUGUUCACCCGGGUUUAAUGCUUUUCCAUCAAGCUCUCUUCUCGUGUGCUGCCGCCACGAAUACCCUUCUUUCGCUGCAACGAGAAGCUAUGCAAUUACCUCUUCCUUGCAACAAUGUCAUUCAUAAAGUGGUUUCUGUAUUGGCUGCCUGGUUGACACAACAAGAAAUCCCACGAUUCGUGGCUUCGGGUGCAGUAACAGCUGAUUCGUGUUCCCUUUUAGUUCUACACGUUUUGCUCUCAUUUUUCCAUUCUCCUUAUCUGAAACAACCUGGUGAUCGAGCACAAUCUGCUACAUCGAUUGCUUUCACAAUUCUGAAAGCUUGUCGCGAUUUGAUCUGUCGCAAGCAGUUGCCCCAACCACUCUCCACUCGUUUUUGGAAUGAGUUAAUUGCUCGACUCUGUGACGCUGGAAUCGAUGUUUGCUCGAGUGCCGAUCGAUUCGCUCAAGAGACAGCCGCUGCUUUCGCUUCCACCAUUCUUUCAGCGAUGGUGAUCGUUCGGGCAAUCCGGGGUGUGGAAGUUGAUGACAAGAUUUGGGACAAUGUUCAUAAUGUUUUUGCUCACGGAAUCUGGAUGCCGAUUGCUACUCAAUGGGCUAAGAUAGCUCACGCUGUCACUAGGGCCAUGAUACUUCACGCAACACAUGUCGACAUCUUUACAAAAGAAGAAAUCGAGCAGAACGCACAGACACCACCAAUCCCGGCAAGACGUGGAAUUCGCUCCGAGAAUUUCGGUCGUUCAAUGGUGGAACCACAAGGCGAACCGUCACCAACUGGCGGAGUUGGUGAUGAGGCUAACUCGGUGGCCACCGAUGAUUCGGCUGACGAUGUUGUCUUCAUUGAUACCGAUGAUAUCACGAGAAAUGUUCAGACUUGGGACGGUGACACGACUCGAUGGAUUUGCGUUUGGAAGCGAGUCAUGUGUCUCCUCGGUCCGCAAUCCAAAGGAGCUGCCGUUGUGGCUGUUGACACGAUUGGACAAACAAUUCAACACCUACUCACUGUGGGUUUAAACACUCUGGCGCACUGGUUGUGCAGCCGACUCUUGAUUGUCCCCUCAUCGAUUCUUCCGCAAUGCGUUGCCCCGUUCGUUCAUGUGCUUUCGUCGAACAAAUCGCCACCACAACUACAGGCUCACAUCCUCUCCUCGUUGAUCGGUCUUCUUGGAUCAGCCGAACAAUCGGUUGUCUCACAACUCCCAUCAAUGAGCCCUCGUCAUCUCUCGAUUCUUUCCCCACAUCUCCUGCAAGCUCUCCCUCGUCUUUCACAUGCUCCAAGCAGUGAUCUGCUUAAGGCGUUAGUUUUGCUUUGUGGUGAACACUCGACAGUCGAAUCGCUGCUCCUUCGAAAUCUUUCUCAAGCCGACCUCACCCUUCCUUUAUAUCUUCUAUGCUUAAAUGCUCUUGCACUUCUCAUUGUGCAAAGAGCUGAUAUCGAGUUGAUGCAAAGAGUGGUUGAUUGUUUGCGGAAUCAUCGCCUUUGUGCUAAAUUGUUGCCCACUUUUUGCUCGUCGGUUCUUCCAUUGGCACGAUUCGGGAUGAGCAGUGCGGUUCUUGAAACAUUAAGAGCUUGCGCUGGUGCGCUUCGAGAUGAGAGGAUGCGAACAGAGGUGGAAUGGCAAUUGGUGAGCCUUUGUAUGGAGGGACGACGCCGAGAAGCACCAAAUGUUCUGUGUGGAGUUCUCGCUGAUCGACAACAAAUUUUGGAAGGAGCAAUGGUAACUCUAAGCGGUCAAUGGCCUUUGCCGGGCUUCUCAGCCGCUAAAUGGAACUCCAUCGAUAUGCCGCUUUCCCCAUCGAACACAAUCAAUCGACAAGAAGUGGCUUUUGUUGAUCGAAAGAAAGUCAUUAUUAGUGUCGCAAAGAACGGCUUGUGUGAGUUGACCUGUCGAACGCCGAUCAACAAACACGUUUGGUCGAUCGAUCAAUAUUCGUUGGAGAGAAAUCAAAGCACUGCUGUCACCGAUUGGCUCAAAAGAGAAGUGGCUAAAGGGAGAAGGGGUGGAAGGGAUGGAGGUGGGAUUCUGGGAACGAUGGAGGAUCCAUUGGAUGCUCUAUUCACAAGAGAAUUAACCCCAGUUCAGCCGGCGACUUCGCUCGAUUCCGAGUCAUGGUUGCAGUUGAUUCAGACAUCGAAGAGAACUCCUCAAUCGUUGAAUGCUCUUCACAGUCCACCAAAAGCAUUGCCAUCAAGUCGCCUCCUCGAAUGGAGAUCUUUCGCCGCCACCAUGGGUUUUGUCUCCGCUGCUAGUGAGGUACCAGUCAAUUUUGCGCGUGAUCUUCGCCAUCUUGAUAGCACCGGUGCUCGAGAAGUGCACAAAUUUGCGGUGAUUUAUGUCCCACCUGGUCCAAUGGAGAAACAAGCAAUCCUUUCCACCGCUACGCAUUCAGCCGAUUUCGAGAAGUUCAUCAAUGAGUUAGGCUGGGAGGUGAAAAUCGGCAAGAAUCACGAAGGGUAUACGGGUGGAUUGGCAGUGGAUAGUUUGGCAAAUUAUUGGGCGAUGCCCGAUAGUGAGGUGAUUUUCCAUGUGAGCACAAAGCUUGAUGGAGAGGCAACUAGCAAGAUUCGGCAUCUUGGGAAUGAUGAGGUGCACAUUGUCUGGAACGAAAAUCCCCAACGAUAUCGACGAGAUAUCAUUGCUACAAAGUUCUGCGAUGUGCUACUGAUUGUUGAAGCAGCUGAUGAGCACAACUAUCGAGUGAGAAUCGAGACACAGUCACCGCUCGAGUUCGGGCCACUGUUUGAUGGAGCUCUGGUGGGGCGAAGUGAGCUCGCGUAUUUGGUGCGAACAACAGCGAUCAAUGCCUCGAGAGCCUAUCGUUUAGUGAGAGAUGAGCACGCUAGACCACUCAGACAUCGUGAAACCGUGUUCUCUUUGGAUACGAAACGUCACGUGCAUCCGACGCAUCUCUGUGAGGCAAUCAAUUCACUCUAUAUACCGACGAUGGUGGCU